AUGAGUGAUAUGUAAGAAAUAGAGAAGGAAAAAAAGUUUAUAGAAGAAUAUUUUAAAUAAAUAAGUACUUCAGAUAUUGAUACUAUUAAAAAGUAUCUAUUGUAUGUUAAAUAACGUAAGAGAGGGAAUGAGAAUGAAAAAGUUCCCAUAAGAACAUUCAUAAAUGUGAUAUCAGAAGGAAAAGGAAAGAAGGCAAUUCAUUUUGGAGCAUCAAGAGGAGAUUUAGAUGUGUUCAAAUUUUUAGUUAAGAAAGGUGCAGAUAUAACUUUAUUGGAUGAUGAUAAAAAUAAUCCAUUUAUAAUUGCUGUUUAACAUAAUCAUAUAUAGAUUGUUAAAUAUUUGAUUGAAGUUCAUCAUGUAGAUGUUAAUUAUUAAAGAAAUACAAUUACAGCACUUCAUUUAGCUGCAUAAUAAAGUGCUAUUCCAAUGAUAGAACUAUUAUUAUAAGCAGGAGCUAAUAUAAAUGCAUUAUCUAAUUAUGGUACUCCAGUUUCAUUUGCAGUGGCAUAUUAAUAAAAUUAAAGUGCUCUCCAUUUGAUAAAGAAAGGAGCAGACUUAAAUAUCAUUUAAAAUUAAAUGCCUUCCUUAUUACAUUUAAUAAUUGACUAAAAUAAUGAAGAAUUAUUUAAUAAAAUAUUUGAAGAAUUUAAUGAUAAAAUUGAUGUUAAUAUAAAAGAUCCAGAUGGAUGGUCAGCUUUACAUUUAUGUGCAGAAAAAGGAUUAUUAAAAUUUUCAUAAAUAUUGAUUUAAUUUGGUGCUGAUAUUAAUUAUGAGAAUUAAAAAUAAACACCUUUAGAUUUAGCAGUAUAAAAUGAGAAAUGGGAUUGUGUAUAAUAUUAUAGAGAAUUUGCUUUGAGAAAAGAAGCAUAAAUUCCUUCUCCACCAAAAUAAUUAACUGAUGAAUAAAUUAAGGAUGUAUAUAAUGAGAUUAAUUCUGAAAAAGUUGAAGCUAAUAAAUUAUUAUAAAGUGAAUAAUAUGAAUAAGCAAUUAUAAAAUAUAUGGAAAUAAUUGAGAAAUCUAAAUAGAUAAUUGAACAUCAUAGAGAUGAAAUUGUGAAGAUUUACACAAAUUUAGCAAAUGCUUAAUUAAAAUUAUCAAAAUAUAAGGAUAUAUUAGCUACUUGUAAAUAGGCUAGAAAUAUAAAGAAAGAUUGGGUUAAGAUCUAUUAUUAUGAAGGUUAAGCCUAUGAAGGUUUGAAUGAAUUUGGAGAGGCUGCUGCAUCUUACUUUGAAGCAUUAAAGAUUUAAUAGGAGCCAGGAAUGAAAGCAUUAUUUGAUUAAGCUAUCAAGAGAGGCAAGGAAUUGUAUAAAUAAUAAUGA